AAGAUCGUGAGAAUGACGGGAUGGUGUUGCGCACACGCGAGGCGGGGUUGUUGCAGGCUAUGUAGUCCCGAGACGAUUCGCCUCCAUGCGUCCGCACCAUAAUCACUAGUCCCAAAAUGGACAUCAGGACCCUACAUCCACGACUGGCAUCUUCCCCACCAAUGUCGUAAGUAUUGCAAGCGGGGCGGUGGGCUGCUUUCGUGCAUCACUCUGCCGUUGGCCACACCAUGGGAAUUAUUUUGCCAAUUGAAGUUUGCGCUGCGCUUAGUUUCGGCAUCUAUGAUGGCAGAGCGUAGUGAAAUGGUCCGUUAUCGCGGGUGCAAGCAGCUUUAAGAGGAGUUCCUCCUACAGCCUUGGGGGACCAACUAUCCAAUUCCAUACUUUUCAAUUCUUUUGCAAUGGCGACCUCCCAGCGCGUUGUCAUAAUCGGCGCCGGCGUUGUCGGCACUAACCUCGCUGAUGAGCUGGUUUCACGAGGAUGGAACAACAUCACCGUAGUUGAGCAGGGUCCAUUGAGCAUGCCCGGUGGCUCAACAUCGCAUGCGCCUGGCUUAGUCUUCCAGACUAAUCCCUCGAAAACGAUGACCUUGCUCGCGAAGUACACAGUCGAAAAGCUGCAAGCGCUCGAGAAAGACGGACAAAACUGCUUCAACCAAUUGGGUGGCUUGGAAGUUGCGACAACUCCAGAACGGCUGGAGGAACUCAAGCGCAAACACGGGUAUGCGCAAUCAUGGGGUAUCGAGGCAAAUCUGAUCGGCCCCGAUGAAUGUCUUGAGAAGUACCCCCUGCUCAACAAGGAUAUGGUGCUAGGUGGUCUUCACAUUCCAAGCGACGGCCUAGCACUCGCAGCUCGUGCGACACAGAUCCUCAUCGAGAACACGCGCAACGCCGGCGUCAAGUACCUCGAGCACACCGUCGUUACCGGAAUCGAACAAGCGGAAGGCCGUGUCACCGGUGUGACAACCAACAACGGUUCUGUGCCAGCGGAUAUAGUUGUAUCAUGUGCUGGCUUCUGGGGCGUAGAGAUUGGAGCUAUGAUUGGGCUGAAGGUUCCUCUCCUCCCUCUGGGGCACCAGUACGCGAAGACCACAGCUGUCCCGGGCCUCGAGAACCGCGAAGUCAACAAGAAGAUCAACGCAAUGAACGCCGAGCUGCCGAUUUUGCGACAUCAAGACCAAGACUUAUACUACCGAGAGCAUGGCGAACAGUUUGGUAUCGGAUACUAUGGCCAUCGUCCGAUGCCCGUCAAGGCUUCAGACCUAGGAGUGACACCCAAACAUGUCGAUGAGAAGCACAUGCCUUCUCGUCUGGACUUCACACCAGAGGACUUUGAGCCCGCCUGGAAGGCUACCAAAGAGCUGCUUCCGGUCUUGCGUAACACCGAGAUCGCAGACGGCUUUAAUGGUAUCUUCUCUUUCACGCCAGAUGGUGGAUCCGUCGUUGGACAAGCUCCCAAUCUAGACAACUUCUGGGUCGCCGAAGCCGUAUGGGUGACCCAUUCGGCCGGUGUAGCUCGAGCAGUGGCAGAAACCCUUACAGAGGGCCGUUCAACUAUCGACAUUGCUGAGUGUGAGUUGACACGAUUCGAGGAAGUGCAGCUUAGCCCAGAAUACGUCAGCGAAACCUCGCAACAGAACUUCGUCGAGAUUUACGACAUCAUCCACCCUCUCGCGCCGAAAGAGAACCCUCGCAACCUUCGCGUCAGCCCAUUCUACGCACGACAACAGGAACAAGGCGCCUUCUUCCUGGAGGUAGGAGGCUGGGAGCGUCCACACUGGUACGAAGCGAACGCAGACUUGGUCAACACCCUACCGGAAGACUGGAAGCCUGUUGAUCGGGACGCCUGGUCAUCCAAGUUCUACUCACCAAUUGCCGCGGCGGAAGCCUGGAAGACACGGAAUGCAGUAGCGUUGUAUGACAUGACAACUUUCCACAGGUUCGAGAUCUCAGGUCCUGGUGCCGUCCACUUGCUCGAGAGAUUGACGACGAGUGACGUUUCCAAGCAAGCGGGCGCUAUCACUCAUACACUACUCGUCAACGGCCACGGUGGCGUGCUGAGCGACAUUUUCGUUUCGAGAAUCGAGGACGACCUCUUCCAAGUAGGUGCAAACACAGCGACCGAUCUUGCCUACCUCACGCGCGAAGCUCGCCGUCAACAUAAGCACACGUCUGGCCAGUGGGCGCAGGUGCGAGACAUCACCGGAAGCACAUGCUGCCUUGGUCUUUGGGGGCCCCGCGCGCGGGACGUCAUUCGCACGGUCAGCUCCGAUGACUACAGCAACAAAGGCCUGCCGUACAUGGGUGUGAAGAAGACAAGCAUAGCUGGGAUUCCCGUCACCAUGUUCCGAAAAUCGUUCGUCGGAGAGUUUGGCUGGGAGAUUCAGACCACACCUGAGUACGGCCAGCGUCUUUGGGACAUAUUGUGGAAGUCAGGUAAGCCCCACGGUCUGGUCGCUGCUGGUCGCGCUGCCUUCAACGGACUGCGCAUCGAGAAGGGCAUCCGAGCCUCAGGUUCCGAUAUGACCUCCGAGCACAACCCUUGGGAAGCCGGCGUGACGUACGCGAUCCAGAUGGACAAGAAGGCGGAAUACGUUGGCAAGGCUGCGCUAGAGCAACUCUCGAGGAAGGCAGCGUAUAAGAGACUCCGGUGCUUGACAGUCGAUGACGGUCGUUCGAUGGCUCUGGGCAAAGAGCCUGUCUUUGUCGAAGGCCAGAGAGCCGGCUACGUUACCAGCGCCGCCUUCGGCUACACUGUACGCAAGCCUGUUGCAUACGCAUGGCUACCCAGCAGUGUGAGCGAAGGGAAGUCCGUGGAGAUUGAGUACUUCGGCAAGAAGAUCAAGGCCACAGUGACUCGAGAUCCAUUGCACGACCCUCAGGAGCAGCGCUUGAGGGGUGAAGGAUCAUCCGAGAAGCCGGAGCUGCAGAAGAGGCUGAAGGCACUGCUGUAGUUGGGACGUUGUAAUGUUGGACGAUCGUUAUGACUGUAUAUGAGCAUCGAUAUGGCAUGGCUGGGUUUGAUUUAGGUGUUUGUCAGGCGUAUGGGUACCAUCAGUUCCAUGGUGAUAGUGUAUUGGAAGAUCUCCUCAUUGAAACGCGUCGUGCCUUGAUCAUUGUUGCGAUAAAGAAGAUAUGCCGCAUGCCGUGCCAUUUGGGAAGUGCUCGUGUUCUUGAGGCGAACGCGUUCGGCAAGC